AUGGCACAAUCAUUAACCCCAGAUUGUCUUUCGGAAAUCUUUGGGUAUCUCACGGACAACAAGCAGGCGCUACACGCCUGUAUCCUAGUGAAUCGUAUUUGGUGUGAAAAUGCUAUUCCAACACUCUGGCGACAGCCAUUUCGAUUACUCUACUCUCAUGAGGCAACGAGAAAUUGUAGCGAGGAAACACGACAAAUUAAAGCGACAAAAUUACUGCGAAUUUAUUUCGCUUAUUUAACUCCCGAACAAAUAAAUGAUCUUGAUGAGGAUCAAGUUGUAAAAUACAAUAUCAAAACAGAGUCAAAGGUAGAGAGCAUGGGAUCAAAUGCAUCCGCACCCGCCUUUCAUUACAUCACUUAUUUGAGAUGCUUGGAUUUGGUGGAUAUUCAUGCGGCAGUUCGUGAUUGGAUAGAAUACACGAGACGACAGCAGAUUUAUUAUCAAGAUAAUGUGUCGGAGGCAGAAUCGACUAAUUCACCAUUAUUCUCACUGUUAAAAUAUGCAGUAGAUGCAAUUAUUUUUUUGAUUCGUUUAUUGGAUUGCUGCAGAUGCUCAUCGAAUGAUAGCGAUGUCGAUAUAUUGUCCGAUGCUCCAUCAUAUGAUCAAAUGUCAAUAGAAUAUGACGAGCAAAAAUUAUCAACAAAAAUAUGCGAGCUUUUAAUUGGUCGGUGUAAUUCAAUUAAGAGACUCUCAAUUGACGUUACAGCUUUCGAAAAUAAAUCAUUGAUAUUAGGAAGUAGCAUAAACGAAGAUGCUGAGGUACCACGAUGGUUUUUGACCGUUCCAAUUUACGCAAAUGCAAGAUCAUGUUUUUCACAAUUGACCGAGUUCAUUUGCAUAAUAAAGUCAACUUCGACUGAAAUCUUUCGAGAGAUGGGCAAGAAAACGGAAUUAUUUCGUGAGCUUGCUAAGAUAUCACGACAUAUUCAACGUAUGGUUGUUCAUCUACCGACACAUAGACCUCAGGUGAGUUGUUUAUGUAGCGUUUGUUCUCAACGAUUGGAAAGUGAAAUUGAAGAUAGAACAGAAGAAGUUAAAAGUUUAGCUGAUCUUAUUACAGCUCAGAGCGACUUAAAGGAAAUUGACAUUUCAUGCGGACUUAUUGGUUCAGGGGAAUUAAUAAAAUCAAUAGGAUCACAAUCAAGUUCAUUAAAAAAAUUAUUAUUCACGAACACUAAAUUCUAUAAUUGGGCUCCAUUAGAAGAAUUGAGAAGAUUGGUAGACCUAGAAGAAUUAACAUUUAGAUCAUGCUACGGAAUAACGGAAGAGAUUAUGGCGCCACUAAUUGACGCCCCAUUUUCAAAAUUAACAUAUCUCAAUUUGGACAACACAUCUGUCCCCACAAAUACACUCAAAUCAUUUAUCAUCAAUUGUGGAGCAUCAAUUCAACAUCUAGACCUUGGAAAUUAUUUUCAUCCUAAUCCAGACGCAACUCAAGGGCUAAUUGAAAGCGUCAUAGAGCACUGUAAAAAUUUACGUCAAUUGAAUCUUUAUGUAUACGGAUUUAUCAUGGAUUAUCUUGUUCCCUUAUUCGAAUCUCACGCACAAUUAGAAACAGUCAUCUUAACUGGUGCAAUGGCUGAGAUAAACGUGGACGAUUUUUUCAACUCGUUGGCUAACCUUGAAAUGCCACAUUUAAAAAAGUUCACAAUUGAAGCUGGCUGGAAAUUUUCAUGUCAAUCAUUGGAAAGCUUCCUGCGAAAUAAGAAAAACUUGAGAGUAUUGGAAUUUAGCCAUUCUCAUUCUUUCGAUAAACGACAUCUCGAUGCGGUUGUAAGUACUUUGGGCUAUACUUUAAAAUUGCUGAAAAUUUCGGCGUUGGCUUCUCUGGAUGAAGAUGCGCUUAAUAUCGCUCGAACUUUUUUCGAUGUGGUUGAAUUCGACGAUUAG